GGAGGCCUGGGCAGGUUGGGGGCGUUCCCUUGAGGGGCCGAGGCGGAGGUGACUGAGGGCUGCGGGUUGGCUGUGCUUUGAGAGGGCUGAGGGACCUUUCGUGGCCUUGGGUCCUGCCUUCGUGCUGAGAAAGCCCCGUCCCCGAGCCCGGGCCUGAGCCGGACAAGCCCCAGGACACUCUCCAUCCUUGUGAUAUUUGAUUCUUCAGACCAGGAAGAAUAAGAUGUGUCUGUAAUUCUCAUCUUGUGUAUUUUUCAGCUCAAGGUCAUUGUAUGUACCUAAUACUGCUUCAAUUUCUCUUGCAGAUAGCUCAUUCUGGAUAUGCUGCUGUUUUUUGCUUUGGGAUUGAUUGUACAUUUUGUGUUCUUCGCCUCGAUCUUUGACAUUUAUUUUACAUCUCCUUUGGUUCAUGGAAUGACUCCUCAGUUUACAGUGUUACCUCCUCCAGCAAAAAGAUUAGUAUUAUUUGUUGCUGAUGGCCUGAGAACAGAUUCUCUUUAUGAAUUAGAUGAAGAUGGAAAUUCUAGAGCACCUUUUAUUAGGAAUGUUAUAAUGCAUGAAGGCAGCUGGGGAAUAUCCCACACACGUGUGCCAACAGAGUCUCGGCCUGGCCAUGUAGCCCUGAUAGCUGGGUUUUAUGAGGAUGUCAGUGCAGUUGCUAAAGGAUGGAAAGAAAAUCCUGUAGAAUUUGACUCUCUUUUUAAUGAGAGCAAGUACACAUGGAGCUGGGGGAGUCCAGAUAUCUUGCCUAUGUUUGCCAAAGGUGCUAGUGGUGACCAUGUUUAUACAUAUAGUUAUGAUGCUCAAAGAGAGGAUUUUGGUGCCCAAGAUGCCACAAAACUGGAUACCUGGGUUUUUGAUAAAGUUAAGGACUUCUUUGAUGCUGCGAGGAGCAACCAGUCUUUGUUCUCAAAAGUAAAUGAAGAAAAAGUAGUUUUUUUCUUACACUUAUUAGGAAUAGAUACAAAUGGACAUGCUCACCGACCAUCAUCAAGGGAAUAUAAGGACAAUAUUAAGAAAGUUGAUGAUGGAGUGAAGGAAAUUGUGUCACUGUUCAAGCAUUUUUAUGGCGAUGAUGGAAAAACAGCAUUUAUCUUUACCUCUGAUCAUGGAAUGACAGACUGGGGUUCCCAUGGGGCCGGUCAUCCUUCAGAGACUUUAACUCCUUUAGUCACUUGGGGAGCUGGAAUCAAAGCUCCUCAGAAAGUUUCCGCUCAGCAGUUUGAUGACAAGUUUUUAAAAGAAUGGAGAUUGGAGAACUGGAAGAGGCGAGAUGUCAAUCAGGCUGAUAUUGCACCACUGAUGGCGUCCCUUAUUGGAGUUCCCUUUCCUCUUAAUUCAGUGGGAAUACUUCCUGUGGAUUAUCUUAACAACACUGGUCUCUUCAAAGCAGAGAGCAUGCUUACCAAUGCAGUACAGAUUCUUGAACAGUUCAAGGUGAAGAUGACUCAGAAAAAAGCAGCUACUUUACCAUUUUUGUUUACACCAUUUAAGUUGCUCUCUGAUUCUCAACAGCUGGAUACUUUAAGGAAAGCAAGGUCUUACAUAAAACAAGAAAAGUUUGAUGAAGCAGUCUCCCUCUGUGAGGAGCUGAUUGACCUCGCGUUGAAAGGACUGUCCUAUUAUCACACUUACGACAGAUUCUUUUUGGGCAUCAGUGUUGCAGUUGGUUUUGUGGGAUGGACGUCUUAUGCUUCUUUGUUAAUCCUCAAGUCUCAUUCUGAUCUCACAAGAAGUGCUAGGAAGGAAGUUAAGAAACCACACCAUCUCUUGUCAUGUAGCUUUGUAGCUAUUGGUGUCUUAGUGGCGUGCUUCCUGAUGAUCCAAGCCUGUCCCUGGACUUACUAUGUGUAUUGCUUGCUGCCAGUGCCAAUAUGGUAUGCAGUUCUAAGAGAAUAUCAAGUUAUUCAAGACCUGGUUUCAUCACUGUUGACUUUUCCUCUGAGCCAUUUUGUUACCUACUUUCUCAUGUUCGUCUUGGGAAUUGAAGUACUGGUGUUGAGUUUCUUCUACCGCUACAUGCUGACAGCAGGACUGAUUGUGUUUGCCUGUUGGCCGUUUCUUACCCAGCUGUGGACCCGAGCAAAGAUCACCUGCCUGAGUUGGGCUCUCUUCUCUUUGCUUCUGGCAGUGUUUCCACUGAUGCCUGUUGUGGGUAGAAAGCCAGACCUCUCUCUAGUAAUUGGUGCAGGCUUGCUGGUUCUUCUGCUGUCCCUGGCUAUUGUAACAACUCUCAUGAAAAGAAAAAUUACUUUGGUAAACGAGGAGCUGUUGGUACUUCUGUUACAGAUGGUGAGUACAGCGCUCUCUAUGUACAUUGUGUACAGCACACACCACAGUCUGUUAAAGAAAGAAGGCCUGCCUUUUAUGAAUCAGAUUGUGAGCUGGGCAACAUUAGCCUCUUCCUUGGUUGUGCCGCUCCUGAGUUCCACGACUCUCCUUCAGCGACUGUCCAGCAUACUUCUUUCCUUGAUGUCAACCUACUUGCUUCUAAGCACAGGGUAUGAAGCUCUCUUUCCAUUAGUGUUGUCCUGCUUGAUGUUUGUCUGGAUACACAUAGAACAAGAGACCCUGCAGCAGCCUGGUGUUUCCUGUAAACAGAAGCUCAGCAGCAUUCAGUUCACGUAUAACACUGAUAUAACUCAGUUACGACUGCUCAAUCUGGAUGACAUCCGUAGGGCCUUUUUCCUUGUUUUUUUUUUAGUGACUGCAUUUUUUGGAACUGGAAAUAUAGCUUCUAUUAACAGCUUUGACCUUGCCUCUGUGUAUUGCUUUCUGACUGUGUUUAGUCCUUUCAUGAUGGGAGCUCUCAUGAUGUGGAAGAUUUUAAUUCCUUUUGUUCUUGUGAUGUGUGCUUUUGAAGCAGUUCAGAUAACUACACAGCUGUCAUCAAGAGGGCUUUUCCUCAUUGUUCUUGUCAUAUCAGACAUCAUGGCUUUGCAUUUUUUCUUCUUGAUCAAGGAUUCUGGUAGCUGGCUUGAUAUUGGAACCAGCCCCUCGCUUGGACAUGGUGAAUGGGUAUCGGUAAUGCGGGCGUUGCCGUUACAAAUGGAGGUCCUACCGAGAUUCUACCAAGACACUACCGAGAUCCAAGAAAGAAGGAACGAGCUGACGGACACCCAAAAGUUAAGGCUGGCCAGCAAUUUAAAGAAAAAAAAAAAAAAAGAAAAGAUAAGGGUGAAUUGAAAUGGGUGCAGCUAGCUCACAGUCAGUUGAUUGGACUGUUGAAGCAGGAAGGCACUGAAGUUAAAAAGGGCAAGACAGCUAAAGAUUUUAAAUAAAAAAGGAAAUCUUCCCAAAAGAGAAGAGGGAAGGAAAGGAAACUUCCCGUUAGAAAAGGGAGAAAAAAUCUUAAGAAAAAAGGAAUUUUCCCGGUAAAAAGGGGAAAAAUUUUGAAACUAGGCCUAAAGAUUGGGGCUCUGUAGAGGAAGGAUGAACAAAAGAGAGAAGCUUCUUCCCAGUGGUAAUGGAGGAAGAAAAGACUCCAAUUGUAGAAUUUUCAGGAUAGCUGAAACUCUGAGCUCUUUCUGCAGUGCAGCAUCUGAAUUACAAAGAAUCGGCAGGUAGGCCUCAUUGCUGCUGGCUGAACAGCAAGCGAGCCCAGAGGUUAGAAGUUUUGCUGUCUGCUUAUUUUGGUUCAAAUGUUUUUUAUUUUUCCCUCUGAGUGGGAAUAAUUCAAUAUUUAGGAUCCCUUCAUGGGAAAUGUUUUUCUGUUUUUCCCUAUGGCGGGAAUAACUCAUUAGGUAGUCCCUUCAUGGAAGUACAAAGUUUAAACGUGAGUUUGUGUGUGCGCAGGGCACGUGCCCAGCGCUGGCAGCGGUUGACAAAGGUGUACAUGAGAUAGCCCAGAGAGGCGGGCGGACAGGUAAGUGCAGGUGGGAGGUGGGGCUGCGAUGGAGCAUGGCCCAGGUUAGCACCAGCACUAGAGCCCAGGCAUGGCCACUAGAGCCUGAGCACUAGGCGGAGCCAAAGCUAAGCCGCAGCCUCAGCUCUGGCCAAGUGAGCAGAGGCCCAGGAAGGGACUAGCGCUAAAAGUUUAAACAGGAAUGCACGUGUGUGUGUGUGUGUGUGUGUGUGUGUGUGUGUGUGUGUGGCGCAUGUCCAGUAUGGCUGUGGUCAAAGGCAGUGCUGUGGCAGCAGUGCAGGAGAUAGCCCGGAGCAGCGGGUGGACAGGUACGUACAGGCAGGAGGCGGAGCCUCAAGGCCAAUGGAAUGAACCAAGCGAGCAGAGUCCGGGAGAGGGACUAGUGCCUAAAGUUUAAACGGGCCUAACUUCUGGUGAAAAAUGGUUUCGGUCAGGACAUAGAAUGCUAAGUCAAUGCUGUGUGAAUAAAGGAUGUUUUGUUUUUUUGAUUGUCUUAAUAAGUGUUUGGAUGCGAAAAACCAAAAAAAAAAAAAAAAAAGAAAAGAAAAGAAAAUUUUAGGCCUGGUGGUGGUGGCGCAUGCCUUUAAUCCCAGCACUUGGGAGGCAGAGCCAGGAGGAUCUCUGUGAGUUCAAGGCCAGCCUGGGCUACCAAGUGAGUUCCAGGAAAGGCGCAAAGCUACACAGAGAAACCCUGUCUCGAAAAACAAAAAAUAAAUAAAUAAAUAAAUAAAUAAAUAAAUAAAUAAAUAAAUAAAUGUUUGGAUGAAUGUUUGAUUCUCAUGGUAGAUAAACUAAAGGAACAGGAUUCAUAAUUUUGAACUAUAUAUUAGGUGUGGUCUUGUCUAUUGAUCAUUACUGAAAAUUUGGCUCUGCUAUUUAAGUUGCUUUCUAGAAAUUCUUGGUUUAAUUCUAUAGAAAUAAUAUAACACCUGAAAUGGAUUGGGUUGUUAGCUUAUUAAAUAAUGUUGCUAAGAUAAACCCAUAAAAAAUAAUCUCUUACUGAUAAAGAGGUUACAAAAUUAUUUUUCCAGUAAAUAAAAUACAGGAAAAUGGUUUGAUCCACAUUGUUAAUAAUUGGCUACUUGCAUUAAUGUGUUACUUGAAAUUUAUAAAAAAGGAUCCUCUUUUUAGGAUUUUAUAAAAAUACUCUAGAAGAGUAUUACUAAAGUUACCUUUUCAAAUGCUAUAGAGAUUGUAUUUAAUGCUUUUAUAAUUGGCAUAUGUAAAAAGGACCAUAGAAAUAGAAGCUGGUGAAAGAAUUGCUCAGUUAUUAUUGCUUUCAUAUUUUAAAUGCAAUAUGGCACCUAUAUGUAAAACUGGAGGCUUUAGAGGUACAAAAUUUAAAAAAAGAGGUGUUUUGACAAACAGUUAUCAAUGAUAAACAGCCUAAAUUAAAAACAAAAUUAUAUGGGAUUGAGAUUGGAAGAUUAUUGGAUUCUGGUGCUGGAUAUAUCUAUAAUUUCACAAGAAUCCUGAGAUCCCAAUUGGCCCCUUAAAAAUACCACCUCUAACCUACAAGGUAUCGGCACAGCUCAGACGCCAUUGCAGAGCAGGCUACUUUUAAAUUGGAAGGAUGAGGAAGGUCAUGCAGAAACUUUUCAACCCUUUGUGCUACCUAACAUUCCAGUGAACUAGUGGGGACGAGAUGUGUUAGAUAGUAUGGGAGCAGUGCUUGCUACACAGCAGAGGCUUAGGGAAAAUGUUUCUAGGAGACCCACUCCCUGUGGCAGACAAAAACUGUGUCACAAGAGGCCCUGGAACAGGCUCACAUGCAGUAUAUAGAUCUUUCUUCUCCCUUAUUGUAUUUGAUAUUUUGUUUUACUCAUUCACCUACUGGAGUGUUUUGGCAAACAGGUCCUAUUCUAUGGGUACAUUCCCUAGUUUCUCCAGCAAAAACCAUCACUCCUUAUCCACAGGCUGUUGCUCAGAUUAUAUUUAAGGGAAUCAAGAUCAGUGUUCAAACUUUUGGUAAGGAGCCAGAUAUUGUGGUGACCCCAUACACCCAGUCUCAAAUAGCAUGGUUGCAAGCUAAUGAUAAUGAUUGGACCAUAUUGACAUGCUCCAUGCAGGGUUGGUUUGAUACUCACUACCCCUCCAAUGAUGUGUGUCAAUUUUUUUUAAAUUGCAUCCUAUUAUAUUUCCCAAGAUAGUACAGAUGACUCCUAUUCCUCAGGCCCGUGUGGUAUUUACUGAUGGCACUUCACGUGGUUUUUGGUAACAUAGUAAAGAGAAUGAAAGUCCAGGGCACUUCUGCCCAAAUGGCAGAGGUACAGGUGCUGUUGCUUGCUUUACAGAUGUUUUCUGAUGAGAGUGUAAAUAUUUAUACUGAUAGUCAAUAUGUGGCACAUGCCAUUAUGCCUUUGGAGACAGCAGCCUACAUACCAUCCAUUUCUCCCAUUCAUGAAUAUUUAUUGCAAGUGCAAGGACUUAUAUGGUCCCGCUCACAUAACCUUUAUGUGGGCCAUAUUAGAGCUCAUACUCAAUUGCCUGGACCUCUAAGUGAAGGUAAUCAGAGGGCUGAUGCCAUUACUCUAUGGCUGUUUGUUCUGCCUUUGAUAAGGCUACUCAGUUGCAUCAAUGUUAUCAUCUUAAUGCUGGAUCUCUUUGUCAUCAUACGGCAUAACCCAGGAACAAGCCAUCCAGAUAGUUAAAUCAUGUCCUAUUUGUGUUGAAUUUUUACCUGUUCCUCAUUUGGGAGUUAAUCCCCAAGGACUUUUACCUAAUCAUGUGUGGCAGAUGAACGUCACACACGUGCCUUCCUUUGGAAAAUUACAAUAUGUCCAUAUGUCUAUUGAUACAUAUUCUUCUCUAAUUUUGCUUCUGCCCAUUCAGGAAAAAAAGUUAAGGAUGUAAAAAAUCAUUGUCUUCAUGCUUUUGCCUAUAUGGGAGUGCCAAAAUGUAUAAAAACUGAUAAUGGUCCCGGCUACAGCAGUAUGGGAUUUUCAAAAUUCUGCCAAGAUUUUUCUAUCGUUAAUAAGACUGGUAUUCCUUAUAACCCUCAAGGACAGGCUAUAGUAGAACGCUGCCAUCGUACCUUAAAAACAUAUAUUUCUAAAGUAAAAAGGGGGAGCUAGGGACUCAUCUCUCUUCUCCACAUUCUAUUCUUUCCCUUGUUUUAUAUAUUUUAAAUUUUUUAUCGGUGGAUUCUGCUGGAGUAUCCGAUGCAGAUAAGCACUGGAGGGCUCCUGUUGCAAAUCAUCCUCUGGUGCGAUGGAAGGAUCUUUCUACUGGCACUUGGAGGGAACCCAAUCUGGUGUUGGUGUGGGCUCGGGGAUCUGUUUGUGUCUUUCCGCAGGACAAUGAAGUUCCUCUUUGGGUUCCUGAACGCUGUGUGCGCCCUGUGACUGCUGCUGAAUCCCGACAUGGCAGAGACCUAUUGGGCCUUCGUAAAAAAACUCUCCCCUUCUGAUGCCAAUGGGGAUUGAGAGCCCAAUACGGCCAGCCUUGGCAAACAUUAUUGUAAGCCUAGGAACUGUAGCCAUGUGCUUGGAUUCUUCAGAAGGUAAUGUAUGGUAACUUUUUUCAAAAAUGUUGAGAAUGUGUCACACCUUGGACAUUAAGGUUAACUCUGAAAGUCAAUGACCUUCAUUUGUUAACAGUAGCAUGCCAGCUAAGCCUUUUCACAUUUUGCAACCCUCUUCAAGCUGGUAUAGUACCUACUUUUCAGGAAUGGCUCUGUGCAACAUUUAUUGGCCUCCUGAAAUUCAUCUAGCAUUUUUGUAGAUACCUUAAAAUUUGUGAGCCUGAAUGUAGCCAUUAAUGAGACCAUUAGUUCUGCUCCUUGUUUGCUGUUUUUGUUUUUAUUUUCUUUAUGGUUCUUAGUUGUUCUUUUGCAGACCUUCCAGCCUAAGUAGUGCUGGGAUCAAGAAAAAUGGGCCUUGGUGGUUCUUGUUCCUGAAGCUGCAUCCAUGCCAGUGGACUGUGACAGUUAGACACAGAUGAUGCUCACACGCUCCAGAAGAGACUCUGACAUCGCUGUUGCCAUUGUUGCUGUUAUAGCAGUGGUGGCCACUGCUGCUAUUGCUUCUGGGAUGGCUGUUUCAUAAUUGGGUUCUACAGCUAGCACAAUGGAGACCCUGGCAGCAAAUGUAGCUACCACAGUUAGUUAAUCUUUCAUUUUAUUGGGCAUGAUAAAUUUAAUUCUACAUUUAUACAUUUAAAUUGGCUUUGAAAGUUGUAAAAAUUAUUAAAACUCAAGUUCCAUUUGCUUAUGGGAUACCACCUUACAAGGACUCCAAUUUACAGUAAAGCUCGUUUAAGAAGGGAAUGGCUCAAUCGCCUUUAGCCUCCUGGCUAUGGGUGGGUUAGGACUUCUGUUGGUCUUUUCUGUGUUGCACAGAUUGCAAGCCCAGCGCCACUUUGAGAUCUUUGGCAGCAGUUACUCUACAGCUCACGUGGUUGAGUCUGUAUGAUAAUGAGUAUUCAGAGACGGGUAAUGCUUGGGGGGUGGUCAUCAAUCUAAGACAGAGCACUUGUGUGGCCUGGGCAGGUGUCUCUAUGAUGGGUAAGGUGACCUGCUGACAACCCCCGCAACCUAAGUCAGAAACUCAUUUUUUAGUAAAAAGGGGGGACCUGUGGGCCCUGGUCCCCCACUGUGAGUGGCUGCCGCCUUGCUUGCCAACCUUGACCAGAUGUCCUCCCUAUUCAGAUUCCCUGCCGGUUUCCUUCUCACCUAACAUUCUACCGGAGGUUCUUUGUUCCUGUAUCCUGCAUUUGGUGUAAACAGCUUAGAUGCAAAAUGUGGCGAACUUCUGCCCUCCAGGAAUGCGCCAUUAUGCUGUAAGCCUGUAUUUAAGGUUACCUCCCUCUUUCAAUAAACAGCAUUCGGCUGGCAUUUGGCAUUCAGCUGCGGUGAA